AUCUACUUCGCCACCAUCGAACUACGCUCCUUGGGUUUGGGUGGCCGGAGAUUAGGGCACUAAAUCAAGUCAAGGGAAGACUUGAGAGCUCUGUGGAGCCGGAGACAACAAAUACGAAGGCCAAGACCAUUGCAGAUCCGAGAGAUUGAGAGAGAGUUUAUCAGCUUCUUCUGACAAAGAUGGCGUCUGAUGGAAAAACUAGCCCUAACGAUCUACUACUGAUACCAUUAAUCAAAGAAGAAGAAGAUAGAUUAAUCAAAGAAGAUAGAGUAUCCUUGUACUCCAAUUUGUGCAUAGCCGCCGAAACUCGUUACAGGAAGAAACCCGGUGCCAAAAGUUUAUCAAAAUGGGGGAUGGCUCUCAUGGACUUGGCUUCAAGCAUGUAUAGCGUAGAAUCACAACAACUCUUGUAUGGAGAUGCAAUUAGAAAGUUGAAGGAGGCACUAUCUCUUAAUCCCGAAUUGCCUCACACUCAUUGGUUGCUGGGAGUCGCUUAUUACAAUUAUGGAAUCUUAACUAAAGAUUAUGGACACGCUCAUCCAUACUUUCAAUGUGUUAAGCACUGCUUUAGUGAGGCAGUUGCUGGGGAUCUGGCAUACGAACCUUAUUAUAGGUGGAUGUCUAAGGCUCGCAUGUCUCAAGAUUUUCACAAGGCAUCGCAAGAGUUCCGCUUGAAGAUAAUUGCGAAUCGCAAAUUACGCUUGGGCUUGGACAUUAUGCCUGACUCAGGAAUAGAGGAAAUGGAAAAGGGGGACAAGUUUGGUUGCCUGGCAAUUGCAGGCUGUUGCUUUGGGAUUUGGGCGGCUUUCAAAAAUUUAAUUUUUUAGUUGCACUUGAUGAAAUACUUUGAUUAAUGUUGUUGAAUAUGGAGAAGUAUAUAUCUUUGGCAUGGAUUAGUUUAUCUUUAUCUAUGUUUAAAUCUAUGUUUUGGGAAUGUGACUUGAUGGAUAUAUGCUUAAAUCUGCCCUUUGGGGGGGCUUUAUUUGAAAUACUAAUGUGCAUUGGCAUAUUGUUAGUGAA